AUAUAUUAGUAGAUUAAACUAAUUUUUAUUGGAUUAUUAUAUCACAAUGGAUGAUGAAAAUUGGCGGGAAAAGAUUCAAGAAAGAAUUGACGUUGCGGAAAAAUUGUUUGAAAAAUCGACAACUUUUGCAGAUGAAAACUUAACGGGUUCUAUGAAAUUGAGCAAUCGAAUAAAAUCAGAGUUACGAUUUUUAAAAAAAAUAAAAAGCGGAAAAAUUGAAUUUAAAGAUGAUCAUCUUAGCAGCUCGAAUUUAACAAGCUUAGAAGCUCUCGUUACUUGUAUUGAAGAUACGAAGUGCAUCAGCGCCAUCUUGUGUCCAUUCCAUGUUGGUAUUCAAAAUGGAGACGACGAAGAAAUUUUCGACCAAGAGCGAAAAGUUAUUGUUGACAUUGUUUGCAACGACGGGAGCACUUGGAUGAAAGUUGUUGCUCGCAAUGCGAAAGCGCUUCUUACAGCUUGGGAAGGGAGGGGAGGCUUCGGAGAGAAGAGCAUUAUCACUCAAGCAGAACUUUUAUUGGCUACAGCGAACACAAAUUUGAACAAUUUCCACCCUCCGGAAAUACAUUUUGUGUUUUAUAAAGGUGUUCCGUUAACCAUCGCAAAUGGGUUACAAAAAAUUGGGAUCACAGUCAAAGGAAAUAUAGUCGACGACCAAAACUUCGAAACAGACAAUUUAUUGAAUAAUUCGAAAUUAAUUUGCCCAAAAUUGGAAUCAAAAAAGCACAAAACAACUUCUGUAAAUUUAGACAUUACUGCGUUAUUAUGUUUAGUGUCCAACUUGUGCCACGGAAAAAAUAAUUUCGAAUUUGCAGUCCCUGUACUAACGAAGCAAGCAAUAGAGGAACAGAAUUCCCCUGUUUUGUCAAAAAUUGAGAAAUUUAUUGAAAAUAAAACGCUUUACGCUUGCGAAACUGCGAUAAAAAGUUUCAACGAUAUUGUCCAAACUGUCGGGGGGGAGAAAGAAAAAUUACGCUCCUCUGAACUUUUAAAAAAGGUUAUCGUUGUCGAUGACAACCCGUCUGAAAGAACAAUGUUUCUACAGAAUAGUGGAAAAAUCAAUGAGAGGUCAAAGGUUAUAUUUGGUACGGGAGAUAGCCUCAAAGCAGUCACUGUGACAGCAAACACUGGUUUUGUGCGAGCGGCCUCGCAAUGUGAUGUAAGGUUCAGUGUCUUCAUCCAUGAAGCAAGAGCAUUGACAGAAAGAAAGGAGAAGAGUGCAAAAUGCCUGGAUUCGAAGAAAAAUUUGUAACCUCGCUGGCUAGAAUUCGGAAACAAAAAUUUAAAUUGAUAUUCGUCUAACCAUGUCUUCGAACUUUUUUAAUUUUAAAAUUUAAAAAAAAAAUGGAACGGCUACUUUGAGCCACAUGGAAUUGUUGAACAAUAUAGGAAAAAGUCUUUAUUUAAACAAUCUAGUCGGCCACCCCUGGCCUAAAAAGGAUCAUUAAAUUGAAGUACCGGUAGGUUAAAAACAAGACACAUUAAAUAUUUGACUAGAAAUUGAAUAGAAAACUUUUGCAGAGGAGAAUUUAGCAGGUUCUUUGAAAAUAUGCAAUCGGAGUUGGGAUUUAAAAAAAAUUAAUCUGGUAUAUUGUAAAUAUUUCUUGAUUUAUACAGGGUAUCCAUAAAGUCCCUUUACAAUUUUGUUUUGAAGUCUGUUCUCACUGAGAACACCUUAUCUUGAUAUUUAUUUUUUGAAGUUCUGUUGGUGGUUUAAGACAGUGGUUAUUUUUGUGCAAUCUUAUUUUUUAAAAUAUUACACAGUGUUCAUUUAAUGUGGAAGCCUCAUGAGCUUUUUGACAAAGAGAUGAAUAUUGAAAUUAUAUAAAAAAAAAAAAAACAUUUGAAAUUACAAAAAUGGUGCUCCAGAAGUGUGUGUACCAAUAGGCGGUAACUAAUUUUGUUCAUCUACUUUACAUCAAGUUGUGUGA